AUGCGCUCUUCAGUUAUUUCCGGAUUAGUUUGCCUAUCCCUCUCCCAAUACUCAGAAGGACUUCCACAACCUCCUCUCCUCCAGUCAACACGUGCUCCGCAAUCGCAGCCGAUUCACGCAAGAGCGAUGCUGGUGAGCCCCUUAGGCGCACCGAUUUUCGGUGUUAUUGACUUCCGCUCUACAACUCAGACGGAUGUUCAAGUCGAGGUGGUCAUGAAUGGACUUGAUCAGCUGUUUCCUCAUGCUGGCCAUGCUUAUCAUAUCCACACCAGUGCUGUAGGGGCUGACGGUAAUUGCGAAGCUGCUGGGGCACAUUUAACGCCAAAUGGAAUUCCCGAUUCCCCACCUUGCAAUCCGAUGACACCACGAUCAUGUCAAGAGGGAGAUUUGAGCGGCAAACACGGGCUCUUGUCAGGUAACCAGCGCAGUGUUCACGUAACAUACACCGAUAACACCUUGCAAUUACUUCCAUCGGAAGCUGGGAUUAUCGGUCGGGGAGUCGUGGUUCAUGACGCAAAGGGCGCUCGAAUCGCUUGUGGCAAUAUCACCCGGGUCAACUAA